AUGACAGGAUCGUGCGCUUCGAGUUCGAGAGUAAGACACUAUGGGUCAAGGGCGUCAAAGACCGAGGUGGAUGAAGAUUUCAUCAAAGAUAUGGAAACCUCAAUCAUCUGGUUCAAAAGGGUUCAAUUGAGCCCUCAAGGUCAAUACCACAUUUAA